CAAAAGAUUAGUUGAAUUUGGUUUAUAUCAGCGUUUCAUUAUAAAUAUUAAAGGACAGUAUGUGACCGAUAUAUAAACGUUAAAAAAUGGAUGUUUACAUCAUAUGCCUUAACGCAAUAUAAUGGGUUCUAAUGCAUCAACACAAAGGAAGCCUCCGGUAGGUGGCGCCCCUAAGCAGAAGCCAGCUUUGAAAAACAGUACACUUGGAAGAUCUGAAGCAAACGGGCGGCGUUAUGAUAUGGGUAAUGAGCCGUUUGAAACAGAGUUGUAUCGCCCAGACAGGCAAGCGAUACCUGAAACACUCGCAUCUGAAAAUGAACGAACGUACCCGGCUACUUUACCGGAACAGCCAGGAGCAAGGACUGUUCCACGAGUUCAUUACGAAGAAAAGGAAGACGUUCGGACGAACAGAGAUGGUAUGAUAGGUGACCGGAACGACCCAGGGAGACCAAGUGGUAGGAGGCAUGGAUGGAUGAAUGAUAGACAAUGGCAACAAGGAGAUAGAUUUAUGGAUAUAGAUGGCGGUGCUUACAGGCGACUCCCGUACGGUACACAAAUUCCUUACGACGAGCGAUACUAUCCGCGUAUGCCUAAUAGGAGGCCAUAUCGUCCAGUAGUCCCACACAUCUAUCCAAGCCGUGCUCUUCCACCACAAAUUUACCCUGUACGUCCACGUCGAGCCCCAUAUGUGCCUCCUUACAACACUCAGAUAUACCGAUCACCAGUGCCUUUUGUCGAUGAGCGAUAUCGCCCUGCGCCUGUCUGCAAUGAUUCGUCAUGUGACCUUCCACAGGCCAUUCAACCUGAACAGCCUCCUCCUUACCACGCUAUAGAACCAAUGGCAUACAGGAGUAAUCAACAAGAAGAACCAAUGUCAUAUUCCAUACCGCUAGUCGACAACUCUGUCCCUUUUCAAAAUGACGACGAAAAUGGUGGACUAACUGAGAGGUCUCGCAUUCCAGAGGAAGAUGCCAUUGUUGAAAGUGAUCCGGAUCGUGAAAGGAUUGUACAAAGUCUUCUGGAUUCAAGCAUACAACAGAUAAACGAUCAGAGACCAGCGACAAAAGAAUCAACACGAGAGGUAGAUGAUGAUGAAUACAUUGGUGCAAAUCUAAGAUUUUAUCGCAACCAGAUAAGAUUCAGACCACAUGGAGAAAAAAUAGAUUAUAUUCAUAGAUACUGGUUCGGAAACUAUACUCUUCUGGAAAAUACCCAUACCUAUAUACAGUGGUUGUUUCCGUUGUACGAAUCAAGUAGAGUAAACCCAGAUGCGGUUCCUUUGAGAGCUCAUGAGGCUAAGCAUAUAAGUGAUGAUGAAGAGACACGUCAUAGAUUUGUGACGUCAUAUAUGAUGAUGCUCGACUUUUACGGGUUUUGCAUGUCUGAUGAAGAAACCGGGAAAAUAGAAAGAGGAGCAAAUUGGAAAAAUAGAUUUGAGAAUUUACGGCGGUCGUCUUACAACCAAACAAGAAUCACAAGAAUUUUGAAAAGUCUUGGAGAAUUAGGCCAGUCGAAACUGCAAAGCCCUUUUGUAAUAGCACUAUUACAUGAAGUGUUUGAGACGAAAGAACUAUCUGGCAUACCACCAGCAACUAUACAUCACUGGUUACGUGCAAUAUCUGACGAUUUUGAAAGAGAUUAUGUGUUUAAUCAAUUUAAAAAUGGAAUAAAUAGACUCGGAGACGAAAGAAUGAAGUUGAAGCGGAAGGAUAAUACAAAAUACUAUUUUGAAAGACGGAAACCUCUGAUGCAGAAAGAUGAACAAUUUCAGUUUACGACCAGGAAAAAGCCAAAGAUAUAAGAAUGCUUAAUAUGAUAUAUUAAUCUGUUUUGAAAUUGUUGGAUAUGGUUUUAUUUCAUUAAAAAGUAAAUUAUAUAAAUAACUUUAAGCCCUCGAAUUAAACGAAUGUUGACGGCUGCAGUUUACGUUUCUCAUUUGUUCUUCCAAAUGUAUAUGAGAUCUGACAUGGCCUGAAUUAUUGAAAUUAUUAUCGUUUUCGUUAUAUUAUCUCAUCUUUCAACAUUCCUUACGAACAGACUCGAUCAGUUGUGGAUUUUUUUUUACUUAUUGCUAUUUUUUUCACUUUAUAUUGUAAUAUUCAUCUGGUUCAAAAAUUGAACUCGGAAAUGGUUAAAAACCGCUGUUUAUGAUGCUUUGGAACUUCAGCUUGCAUACUUGUAUAUAAAUAAAGUAAUCCUCCUUGGAAAGACGGAAAUUAAGUGUCAUAACAUAUUCGAAUAACCAUUAUAUCUAAAAUUUAGUUCAACUUGACAGCUUAAAAUUAGCCUUAUUUCAGGACAAAAAUCAUUCUAAACAACGAAAUAAGAACUGUAUUGCAUUUUAAAACAUAUCAUUAGAAAUAAGUUGAUGUUGUGUGGAAUAUCCAAUCAUUUUACUUUGAUGAUGCUUUAGUCUUUUUUAAAAAAUGAUUCGACAUUGAGAAAAGAGGU